UCCAAUUCCGGCUGCGGAGCGGCCACGGCGGAGGAGCGGUGCUCGCAGCGUCUGGGAGCGGCUGAGCGGAGUCGCGAUGUUCCGGAUCGAGGGUCUCGCGCCGAAACUGGACCCGGAGGAGAUGAAACGGAAGAUGCGCGAGGAUGUGCUCUCCUCCAUACGGAACUUCCUCAUCUACGUGGCCCUGCUGCGAGUCACUCCAUUUAUCUUAAAGAAAUUGGACAGCAUAUGAAGACUUGGGUGUCAACCGUGACUGCAUGAUAUGAAGAACCUGACUACAGUUUGUCGUCCUGUCUGCAAAUGAAUAAGCCCAGAAAGGUGUAAGAGACUCUGAUUGAAUGAAUGGACAUAAAAAAAUCUUCUUGUUCAGAACAAGUUGACUAUGGUAACUGAUCUUUGCAGUUAAAAUAUAAAACUAUUUGGAAAGUUUGAAAUGUCUUGUGGUUAUCCUGUGCCCUUAUGCCUGUGGUAUUUGGCUUCUGGGAGUGUUGGUGUAAUGAUAAAUAACAUCAAACUCCACUUUCUAGCGAGUGUUAAUUAUAAGGGGAAUAUGUCUGAAAUAGCACAGUCAUUUCUGUUUACAUUUUUGUGUCCAGAGUAUAUUUGUGAAGAGUCUUCUACAAUUAGUUAUGUUUUGCAGAAAUCAGCAAACAACCACGGUGACAUUUAAGCACAGGACCAGUCAUCAGUUCUUUAUUUUGAAUAAACAUACCAAUUGAG